GCACGUGGAGUGAAGUGAAAUGAACUGCGAGUACGAGUACGAGCGGGAGCACGACACGUACGUGGAAAUUCGUCGUAUCUCUGAGUUGGGAUGUAUUGCGAGCUCUAAAGAUCUGGCAGUCAGAGGCAGAGGCUGCCAAAGUUGCCGAACGAGCAGCGAGCUGUCAGCCGUCUUAUGUUUGACAUUUGUUGUUGUACAUCAGGGGAGGGGAGGGAAGUCAGAAGCGGGUGGGAGUAUAUUGGUUGACACGGAGGAAAGGGACGAGGCAGACAGAAGCACGCAGCAGGUGGCAACAUUGCCAAAUAUGCUGUGAGCCGUCGUAUCAUUGACAUUCACCACUACUAUGAUCGUAAUGGGGGCCGAGAUGCGUCGCCAUUGACAUUUUCUCUCGCGUGCACUUUGCCAUCGGAAGAUUGUCUUUCGUCAAAUGUCAAUGUCCGUCGUUGACAUGGAGUGCAAGGUCUAAAUGAAAGUUUGCCAUUGACAUUCUUUGCCUCUUCGCUCUUGCUUGCAAGAUGAGGAGGACCAUGAUCAAGCAUGGCAGCUUACCAACUCCCCCAGUCUACAGUAGAGCAUAUCAACAGUUGACUCCGGAAAGAUCUUCUCAAAGAUCUGAAGAAUUGACUUACGAACCGAGACAACUCUCGACGAGCGCUGCAUGCAUGCGCAGGGUCGGUCCAGUUCAGAACACUGUUGGAGGUGGCAAAGCCUCUGACACCCAGAUCAAAACUCUGCGAUCUUGACUUUCACCAUAACCCGAACGCCCUUUCCUGUAGAUGAUAGAAGCAAGAUCGAUAGAGAGCAGCUUGAACUCUGGGGAGGGCGUUUCUGAAGAAUAGCUCCCUUUGUGCCCACUACUUCCCAAGUGACAACGGCCAACUACACCACCUCACCCUCAGUUCGUAUGAAAAGUCAUUGAUUGGGAUCAUCUCGGAUCAUCUGGUGAAUGCUAAGCUUUAUGAAUACUUGAUGUCGUCCAUGACCAUUGUCUGUUCUCAAGAGACAAAAAGCGGCAUAUGUUCCUGUGAGUGCAAUCGAGUGUUGUGCUUUUGUAUCAGUGAAUGCUCGCUACGGAAUCAGAUAUCAUAUAUCAUCCCUUGUGAGUCGAAGUUUCCGUUCAAGAGAUUGGAGCUUUCCACCGAAUUCCUCCUCCUCAGCGCCAUAGCAGUGAAGAGGAGUAAGUCGGAUUUCAACCAGAACAGUGAUCAUCGACGGGGACUCGACAUGCAAGAACUUGCCACAAAAGCCAGCGCUUGCCAGUGGCGGAGGAGUCCUGUGAGGCCUGACGUUAGCCCUAGGCUUUAUGGGCAGAGAAAGAUAUCCCAUCAAGCGUGUGAUUCGCUACUAUCUUGUCUAGAGCAGCCAACCCAAACAUCAAACAAAUAUCCCAAACAUGCUUCACCGAAACGUCAACUUAUCAUAUCCCGACUCAACCAGCUAAGACUGAUCCUACACCGCCCUCGCGAAGUCAAAAUGUCCAGCUCUCAGGAGCAUUCAUCUAUCCACGACACCUUUCACCGCUGGUGACAGCAGCACAGUUCUGGAAGCACCUUGACAGAUUCUUUAGAUACUGCUAACCACCUACCGACCUGGAACCAAAUCUCCUUCAACAGGCGGUUAUUUGAUACUGGUGUCCCAAAAGCUAUAGGAUAUGAAUUGCCUGUUCCAGAGAUCCAGAGAGAAGUCGGUUCGAUGUGGGGUUUCACUCCGUGACCGAGUGUGU